CCUUGACGCUGCCUGAGGAAGAGUGGCUGCUAGUGAACUCAGAAAGUCAGAGGUGUUGGUCCCUAAGGUUCAGCCUGCGGAUAUCCUCCGCAGGAAAUCGCGAACCAGGUUUAUGGAAGUAGGCUGGGGUUCUCCCGCUCCCUGAAGCCUCAGCAAAGUCUCAGGCAGUCUUGCAAAAGCAGUUUCUUCACUAAACAUAUAAUAUAAAGCAAGUUUCCAUUUGCUUAAUGCAAAUAAUGCUCGCCCUAGAAACGUUAAAUCUUUCCUGAGAUAACAAACUUGGCCUCUAAUUUCCAGUGAGUGCGGUUGUUUUGAUUUUUACUUAGUUAGCUAGCUCUGGCUAAAAGAAAAAAGUUUAGGAUGUGAUAAGGAGGUUUUGGAAAGUCCAGAAAUAACUUCUUUGCUCCCAAUUUCUUCGUCUCCUACAGCCAAACUUUCAGGUCUCGUCCUUUUCGUGCUGCCAUCAUCGGGUAAAAGUUUGAGGUGUGUGUGGGGUGGGGGCGGGGGAACCAGCAUUCGCUUGGCUUCGUGUCUGCCCAUGAAGAAUAACUUUUUUGAAUGCGAAGAGGUGGGGUUGCAGGGGAUCUGUCAUUAAGGGUUCUUAUGGGUGGGGCCCAGGGACGGGAGUGAAGGGAGGGAGUGGUCCGCGGGUGGGAUCUAUCGAACAGACAAAAUAUGGGGCUCCUGGUCCCUUGAAGUUCAACUUGUCUGUUCCUGACUGAGGAACAAGGCAUCUGUAGUGCUUCUCCGAGGCGCACGUAGGGGAGAGAAAAGCUACCAAGAUAAGAGUGGAGAGAGGAAAAGGCGAGACAUGUUCUACAUGAAACGGUCCCCUGCCCUCGCUCCGGACGAGCGCUACCGCCGAGCCAGGGCCCCGGAGCCGGUCUUAGUAUCUGAUGAAGAUAACCUAAAUGAUGGCUGCUCUCAGAAGCUGACGACUACUAAUAUUCUUCGUUUCCUAUUGCUGGUCCUGAUUCCAUGUAUCUGUGCUCUCAUUGUCCUGCUGGUGAUCUUGCUUUCCUUUGUUGGAACAUUAAAAAAAGCCCAUUUUAAAUCAAAUGGGAGUGAACCUAUGGCCACUGAUGGUAAAAACCGUACGCCUGAUAUUAUUCUUAGAAAUAUGAUUUAUAAUGAGAGCGAGGUGACAUCUGCUACACAUCCUGACCAAUACAUGUCAGCCUGGACCAAGAAUAUUUCACUCUCAAGGGACCAAAAUCACAAGAACACAAGUACCUGCAUGAACAUCACCCACAGCCAAUGUCAGAUGUUGCCCUACCACACCACGCUAACAUCUCUCUUCCCAAUUGUCAAAAAAAUGGACAUGGAGAAGUUCCUCAAAUUCUUCACGUACCUCCAUCGCCUCAGUUGCUAUCAACAUAUCAUGCUUUUUGGCUGUAGCCUUGCCUUCCCUGAGUGCGUCAGUGAUGGUGACGACAGUCAUGGACUCCUGCCUUGUAGGUCCUUUUGUGAGGCUGCGAGAGAGGGCUGUGAAUCAAUCUUGGGGAUGGUGAACACCUCCUGGCCUGAUUUCCUCAAGUGCUCCCAGUUUAGAAGCCAAACUGAAAUCAGCAACGUCAGCAGGAUUUGCUUCUCACCAGAGCAGGAAAAAGGAAAGCAAUCGCUCUGUGGAGGGGGCGAGAGCUUCCUGUGUGGCAGUGGAACGUGCAUCCCCAGGACACUGCUGUGUAACGGCUACAACGACUGUGACGACUGGAGCGAUGAGGCUCACUGCAAUUGCAGUGAAAAUCUAUUUCACUGUCACACAGGCAAGUGUCUUAAUUAUAGCCUUGUGUGUGAUGGAUAUGAUGACUGUGGGGACCUGAGUGAUGAGCAAAACUGUGAUUGCAAUCUCACAAAAGAGCAUCGCUGCGGAGAUGGACGCUGCAUUAUGAUGGAGUGGGUGUGUGACGGUGACCAUGACUGUGUGGAUAAGUCUGACGAGGUCAAUUGCUCCUGCCACAGCCAGGGUCUGAUGGAAUGCGGAAAUGGACAGUGCAUCCCCAGCUCUUUCCAGUGUGACGGAGACGAGGACUGUAAGGACAGAAGUGACGAGGAAGGCUGCAGUGGCAGUCAGACUCCAUGUCAAGAAGGUGACCAAAGAUGCCUCUACAAUUCCUGCCUUGGUUCAUGUGAUGGUAGCUCUCUUUGUGACACCAACAACAGUCUGAAUAACUGUAGUCAAUGUGAACCAAUUACUUUGGAACUUUGCAUGAAUUUGCCCUACAACCAUACAUAUUAUCCAAAUUACCUUGGCCACAGGACUCAAAAGGAAGCCUCCAUUAGCUGGGAGUCCUCUCUGUUCCCUGCGCUUGUUCAAACCAACUGUUACAAAUACCUCAUGUUCUUUGCUUGCACCAUCUUGGUACCAAAGUGUGAUGUGAAUACAAGCCAGCGUAUCCCCCCUUGCAGAGCACUGUGUGAGCAGUCCAAAGAACGCUGUGAAUCUGUUCUCGGGAUCGUGGGCCUACAGUGGCCUGAAGGCACAGAUUGCAAUCAGUUUCCAGAGGAAAAUUCAGACAAUCAAACCUGCUUAAUGCCUAAUGAAGAUGUGGAAGAAUGUUCACCUAGUCAUUUCAAGUGUGGCUCAGGACGGUGUGUCCUGGCUUCCAGAAGGUGUAAUGGCGAACCUGACUGUGAUGAUGACAGUGAUGAAGAAAACUGUGGCUGUAAAGAAAGAAAUCUUUGGGAAUGUCCAACCGAUAAACAGUGUUUACAGCACACGGUUGUCUGUGAUGGGUUCCCAGACUGCUCUGAUCACAUGGAUGAAAAAAACUGCUCAUUUUGCCAAGAUGAUGAACUAGAAUGUGCAAACCACGAGUGUGUGUCACGUGACCAGUGGUGUGAUGGUGAAGCCAACUGCUUAGACAGUUCAGACGAAUGGGACUGUGUGUCCCUCUCUAAAAAUGUGGACUCCUUUUCAUUCCUGACUGUUUACAGAUCUGCCACAGAACACCUCGUGUGUGGGGAUGGCUGGCAGGAGACCUUGAGUCAGCUGGCCUGCAAGCAGAUGGGUUUAGGGGAACCAUCUGUGACAGAAUUAAUACAGGAACAGAAACAAGACCAACAGUGGCUGAUACUACAUUCCAACUGGAAGAGCCUCAAUGGGACCACUUUACAUGAAUUGUUGGUGAAAGGGCAGUCCUGUCACAGCAGAAGUAAGAUUUAUCUUCUGUGCGCUAAACAAGACUGUGGACGCCGCCCUGCCGCCCGAAUGAACAAGAGGAUCCUUGGGGGUAGGACAAGUCGCCCUGGAAGGUGGCCCUGGCAGUGUUCCCUGCAGAGUGAGCCCAGUGGGCACAUCUGUGGCUGUGUCCUCAUUGCCAAGAAGUGGGUUCUGACGGUCGCCCACUGCUUCGAGGGGAGAGAGACUGCUGCUGAUUGGAAAGUGGUGUUUGGCAUCAACAAUCUUGACCACCCAUCAUCAUACAUUCAGACGCGCCUCGUGAAAACCAUCAUCCUGCACCCUCGCUACAGUCGAGCAGUGGUGGACUAUGACAUCAGCAUAGUGGAGUUAGGAGAAGACAUCAGCGAAACUAGCUACGUCCGGCCAGUCUGCUUACCCAGCAUGCUGCAGUCACUAGAACCUGAUACAUACUGCUACAUCACAGGCUGGGGGCACAUGGGCCACAAAAUGCCUUUUAAGCUGCAAGAGGGAGAAGUCCGCGUUAUUUCUCUGGAGCAGUGUCAGUCCUACUUUGACAUGAAGACCAUCACCACCCGGAUGAUAUGUGCUGGCUACGAGUCUGGCACAGUUGACUCGUGCAUGGGGGACAGCGGUGGACCUCUUGUUUGUGAGCAGCCUGGAGGACAGUGGACAUUAUUUGGUCUGACUUCAUGGGGCUCUGUCUGUUUUUCCAAAGUCCUGGGGCCUGGAGUUUAUAGCAAUGUGUCAUACUUUGUUGAAUGGAUUGAGAGACAAAUAUACAUUCACACCUUUCUCCUAAAGUAAAUCCAAAGAUGAUCAGAAACUUUGCCAGUGACACUCAAAGAACGUGGCCUUCUUGACUGUGGAGAGCUUCCUGCAGAGAACUGUACAGAAGAACUUUCCGUGGACGAGAAUGCUCAAGAGUGCACUGCAAAUUUUCAUGUUUGUUUUAGUCUAAUGUAAUUUGUUUUUUUUCCCCCAAGUUUAUUUCUAUCUUAAGUUCAAUGAAAAUUUUUUUGUUUUUGUUUAAGAAGCAAAGCAUAUAUUGUUCUUUUGUCAGCCUAACAUCGACUAACACAAAAUUAUCAACUGUGGAGAGAGUUAGGUUAAUGAAGACGCUAAGGUAACAGGUUAUAAAGUUCCCUCUUAUCCAGUCACAAAAGGGACAUUGAGAUCCAGGUUGACUAAUCUUUGCCAGCUUUUGCUUCUUAAGUACAAUAACAUAGUGGCAACUUUUAAUAUUAACAUUGAAGACUUGCUUUUGAUUUAUUAAAAGUCAAGAUAAUUUACAUGCUUAAAUUAUUUACUAUUACUCUUCUAAAGUCUGCAAAAUUCUGCGCACUAAUGAAAGACCGUCAGAAGUAAAAGACAAGUAACAUCCUUAUAGGUAACUAAAAUAGCAGGACACAUUAAAUGCAAAGCUCUUUAGACAUCAGUAUUAGCACUUGACAUCAUAGGAUUGCCCAUUCUGAAUUCAAUCAAGAUUGUAAUUUGGUAUAAAAGUCUCCACAGAACCUUCCUAUAGCUGGGGUUUGUUCAGUAUAUCGGUUGGGCACCUUGAGAUUUCAACAACUAGGAAAAUAUUCACAGGAAAUAUUUUGUUCUGCCUAUGUGACAAUGAAUUUGAGAUUAAGUUUCACCAAAGGAGAACUUGUUUUAGACAGGACAGAUGCAAUUCUUUAGAAAGUUAAAUUGCACGCCACCCCCAAUUAAAUAUUUUCCAGUUUUCCCGUGUCUGUCCAUUCCAAAAAAGUACAGAAAUGUAUCUCAAAGCACAGGAACUUUGCAUUACAUUUUGUAAUUUUCCUUGAAAGAUGUUUACUCUCUGGUGUUGCCAUUUCUUCCCAUCGAUAAUUAAAACAAAAUUUUAAAGAUACCUUUAAGCACUAGAUCACUUUAUGCACAGCAAUUUCUUAAUUAGUGGUUAAGGUAUUUUUCCACACCGAAGAGCUUCAAAACACAAAUAUUCACAUAUACCUGAUUUAAUCAGGCCAUCCAUUUUGCCACAUCCAAAUGCCUUUGAACAGGUAAGAUUUCCUACUGACCUCCACCAGCACCUGGACUGCCUCAGCAUCCCACUUAGAGACUGCAAUUUUAUAAGUGUAUUUUUGUACUAUUUUCUUAUGUGCCCACAUAUUUGAAAUUCAAAAAGUUGUCCUGACACUUUUUAGGUUUAUAUCUUCUUCUGUAGUUUGUAUAAACCUACUGAGAAUGUAAAAUCCAGCAACUGAAUUUUGAUCACAACUGUAUGAAAGUUUAAGAACAUGUCAGUUUCGUUAUAGUUGUAGGUAUAUACUUAAACAACUUUUAGCCCUGCUCAACUUAUGCUCAGUGAAAUGUACAUACUAUACUUACUUUAAAUAACCACUAAUACAAAUAAAACGGUAUAAUCUUUGUUUUUGUUGGAUAUGGAGCAUGGAUAGUAAGUCCUAGGAAACUGUCUCCCUCUAUAAUAGAUGGCACCCAGCUUCCUGCCCGUCAAAAUUUACCUUAUAUCUUACUCUCACAGGAACAUGCUUAUUUUAGAUGACAGAUGACUCUUUGAUUAGUCUGAAAUUAGAGGUUGCUAAUGGUCUCAAAUCACUGUUGAGUACUCUAGCCCUGGUAAGAGUGUGAGGAUCUUUAAUGUCUAGAGUACAUUUUGGGAAACUGAUCCAAUUCUUUCAUAGCCUUUUGAGGCAAAAUUAUACCCCUAAAAUGUGUAUUUGUCAAUUUCUUUUGACUACUAGGAGCAAUAAUACAAUGCUGGGUCCCCCAAAAUUUGGUGAAAUAUGCUGCCUACCAAAAUGCAACAGAUCACAUCAGUUUAGGUAACUUGUGUAAAAGAGUUAUUCGCUUGUAAAUGAGACCUUUUUAAGACUCAAUACAGAUCACAGUUCUCUUUCACCCGAGGGCCAGAUGUGUUUAAGAACUUAGAAUUUUUCAAAAAUUUAAAGACACACUUUAGCAUCCCGCAAAAAAUACAAUUUUUGUAGCAAAAUAUAUGAAAAUUAUAUUGAGUAUAUAAAUAGCUUCGCAUAUGUUUAGGGCACAGAGUUUGUGCCUAAUUCAUGAAAAAUUUUUCAGUUUUCAGAGUUCUUGGGAUUUCGGAAUUGUGGAUGAGAGACUGUGGCCCCAUAGCACGAACACUCAAGACUUCCGUUUACUCACAUGUACAGAUACUUCACAUUUUGGAGAAUGACCUUAUGUUUAUAGUCUUUUUAUCUCAUUCUUUUUUAUCCUUAGAUUCUAACCCUUUAUUUAUUAGUUAAUAUAUCUAUCAGAAGAUGAUGAUCUCAGGGAAUGAAUGUCAGCUGCUAAGAGGAUGACAGAUGAUAUGACAGCAC